AUAAUAUAUAAAUAUGGACAAACUUAUUUAUGAAGAAGAGAACUUAUCAGAAGAAUUCCUUGAUGAAAAUGCAUCUGCUGCGACUCCAAAUAUGUCUCCUCAUAUCGACAGGAAUAUGUGUGGAUCUUCUUUUCACUUUAGCUCCGCGUUGACAAAAGCAAUUAAGAAAGAACAGCUUUCAGGGAGUAAGUCUGCUUGAAAAAAAUCGCCAUUGAAAGGCAGUGAGUUUGAAAUGCCUCAAGACUUUCAGUCUUACGUUAAAAUGAGGAGCAAUCAAUCAACUCAGAGGUCUAGUCUCAAAGAAGACAUUAAAGGCCUCUUACAGAAGGCUAUCAGAAUUAGAAGUUCUUCUUAUUACGACCCUGCUUCACCCUACUCAGGCAAAGUGCAGGGCAAACAACAAGUCAAAAGGAGGACUACCAAGUUAAUCACUAUGAAAGACAUCAAGGCUGCAGUGAACAACUGGCCAUAAUUACCCUAACUGUUCUAAUAAAUUUUCC